AUGAACCGCGUACAUGCUCAUGGUCCUGUUCCUGGUGGGAGGAGAGGAGGAGAGGAGGUCGUCGUCCUCGGGCAUAUCGGCCGUGAAAGGGUACUGCAUGGAGCCACGGCGACGGCGGGUGCGAUGUUCACCUUCGUCGCCAGCGGGAGCGGUAGCCGAGAGAGGAGUGGAGGGUGGGCUUUCGGUCAGCGAGUGAGGCUCGGCAGUGGCCAGGGAGGAGGUGGCAAUGGAGAGGCCACUGUUGCUUUUGGCGGUGGGCUCCUCCGGUUGGAACUUGUAAGAAGACGACAUGAUAUCGAUUCAAAAAGUAAUUGGUAUCUUUUGCGUUGCUUGUACCGCUGCCGGCCGAAGCUUUAUGAGAGUAUACGGCGUAGAAAUGCGAACGGCGAGUCGUCCUUGAAUGGUAGGGGUCUGUACGAUUGCGCUGUACUGUGCCUGGGUGCGGGUAUGGUUAUUGGCGUAAGGAAGGGAUUUUUAGUGCAGCCUUCCUUUGCUGGUGGGAAUUUUGUUGUGGAGGUGGGGGGGGGGGGGAGGGGGCGGGGGCCUCGGGUGACAGCGAACUGCGUACCAAAGGGGAAACGGCGUGACCAAAUCGUCCUGUCAAUUGCGGCGGUCCUCCUGUUGUUGUUGGUUGGGCGGGUAUUCCGGACGUGGGGGGCGAUCGCAGGCAGGGAGUCGGGUCGGGAUCACUGA